UAUGAAUGCAUGCAUCUGUGUCUUUGUAUAUUAUGAUCUUUAGAAUUAUUAUUAAAAGCAAAUGGCACCUUUUCUUUGCUCUAAAUGGUUCUCCAGCUGAAGUAUACUGGUCUCUACUGGGAUCUACUGGAUCUGUGGGAGGCUGCGGGGUCAGAGAGUGGGGUGUUCUCCUCAAAAGCCAAUGGGAUGGUUCGGGGAGGGGCUUAGAACCAACACAGCCAAUAAAUACAUGUGGGCCACAUUUACACAGUGUGGUCUUGAUUCUUCAUGCAGAAUACUGCGUCUGUGUGAGCAGAAUAUUACCACAGAGUCCUACUAGUCCUACCUGUACUGGGUGGAGGCCUCAGAUGGACUCGGUAGCGCCCCCUGGCCUCUCUCUGGUCUCGGUCCUGUCUAUGGUGGCCUGCAGCUUCCAGGUUUUCGCCGCCGUCCUUUUGACAUGCAGGUACGGUGGGCAGGGCUCUACAGAGGAAAGGUGGGUCCUGCUGUGGCUCUUCUAUGACGUCAUCGUCCACCUGACCCUGGAAGGUCCAUUUGUUUACAUGUCUCUUGUGGGAACGGUGGAGAUGUCUGAAGGUCCGCUGGCUGAACUCUGGAAGGAGUACAGUAAAGCUGAUCGUCGUUGGCUGAUUUCUGAUCCGACGAUCGUCUCCAUAGAAAUUCUGACUGUUGUCCUCGACUCUCUACUUGGGUUACUACUGAUACACGCAGUACUGAAGGACAAAUACUACAGACACUUCCUGCAGGUCUCUCUGAGCGUGUGCGAGCUGUACGGAGGCUGGAUGACGUUCUGUCCCGAUUGGCUGCUGGGCAGUCCUCACCUGGACACGUCCAACUGGCUCUACCUGUGGGUCUACCUGGUCUUCUUUAAUGGGGUCUGGGUCCUGGUCCCGGUUAUGCUGCUGGUCCAGUCCUGGUUCUCUCUGAGGAGACUGCACAGACUCAGAUCAGACGACGAUGUAAUAAAGAAGAAGAUGUAGAGACUCCUCUUUAAAUGUGAACAUUAUUGAUUUAUAAUUAAAGGACCGUGAUGACUUUCAAAUCAGACUGUUUUCAGCCUUGUGAUGUCACACCUUCAUCAUUGUUUAAUAGAACUUCUUUAGGAAACAUAUUAAUCAAUACCUGACAUUGAUUGAUUGA